AUGGCAGACUUGCAAGUUGUGGAUCAGGGGAGGGAGAAGAGAGGCCCAAGGCUAAGUUGCACUUGCUGCUCUCUGCUUUCUUGGAUCCAGACAUUUAAUGUUGAGGCACCAUGCCAGACCAUGGAAGAUUUAACGAAUGGGGUUGUGAUGGCCCAGGUUCUUCAAAAAAUAGAUCCAGCUUACUUUGACGAAAACUGGCUGAACAGGAUCAAAACAGAAGUAGGAGAUAAUUGGAGGCUAAAGGUAAGCAACCUGAAGAAAGUUUUAAAAGGAAUAUUGGAUUACAACCAUGAGAUUCUAGGACAACAGAUUAAUGACUUCACCCUUCCUGACGUUAACCUGAUUGGAGAGCAUGCUGAUGCUGCGGAGCUUGGGAGAAUGCUUCAGCUUAUUUUGGGAUGCGCUGUGAAUUGUGAACAGAAGCAAGAGUACAUCCAGACCAUAAUGAUGAUGGAAGAAUCGGUUCAACAUGUUGUCAUGACAGCUAUUCAGGAGUUGAUGAGUAAAGAGUCUCCAGUCUCUCUUGGAAAUGAUGCUUACAUUGACCUUGAUCGGCAGCUGAAGAAAACUACAGAAGAAUUAAAUGAAGCACUAGCAACAAAAGAAGAAAUUGCCCAGAGAUGUCAUGAGUUAGAUAUGCAGGUUGCAGCCCUCCAGGAGGAGAAGAGCAGCUUGCUUGCUGAGAACCAGAUUUUGAUGGAACGUUUAAAUCAAUCUGAUUCUAUUGAAGAUCCCAACAGCCCUGCAGGUCGUAGGCACUUGCAGCUGCAGACACAGCUAGAACAACUCCAAGAAGAAACAUUCAGAUUAGAAGCUGCCAAAGAUGACUAUCGAAUACGCUGUGAAGAACUAGAAAAAGAAAUUGCUGAACUGAGACAACAAACAGAAGAGCUUACUGCAUUGGCAGAGGAGGCUCAGUCUUUGAAGGAUGAGAUAGAUGUACUCAGGCAUUCUUCUGAUAAAGUAGCCAAGUUAGAAAGCCAGGUAGAGUCAUAUAAAAAGAAAUUGGAAGACCUGGGUGAUUUGCGGCGGCAAGUGAAACUCUUAGAAGAGAAGAAUACUGUGUACAUGCAAAAUACUGUGAGCCUGGAAGAAGAACUAAGGAAGGCCAAUGCAGCACGCAGUCAGCUGGAGACGUACAAGAGACAGGCAGUUGAACUACAAAACAGGUUAUCUGAAGAAUCCAAGAAAGCUGAUAAAUUAGAUUAUGAAUGCAAACGACUGAAAGAAAAAGUAGACAGCCUCCAAAAAGAAAAAGAUAGAUUAAGAACAGAAAGGGAUUCUUUGAAAGAAACUAUUGAAGAACUUAGAUGUGUACAAGCUCAGGAGGGUCAACUCACCACUACAGGAUUGAUGCCUCUGGGAACACAAGAGCCUUCAGACAGUUUAGCAGCAGAAAUCAUUACUCCUGAAAUAAAGGAGAAACUCAUUCGCCUUCAGCAUGAGAACAAGAUGUUAAAGUUGAACCAAGAAGGUUCUGACAAUGAAAAGAUCGCCUUGUUGCAGAGCCUUCUUGAUGAUGCAAACUUACGGAAGAAUGAAUUGGAGACAGAAAACAGAUUGGUAAAUCAGAGACUUCUAGAAGUGCAGUCCCAGGUUGAAGAACUACAAAAAUCUUUGCAGGAUCAAGGUUCAAAAGCUGAAGAUUCAAUUCUUCUGAAAAAGAAACUUGAAGAACAUCUUGAGAAGCUCCAUGAAGCUAACAAUGAGCUGCAGAAAAAACGAGCCAUUAUUGAAGAUUUGGAACCAAGAUGCAAUAAUAGUUCACUCAAAAUUGAAGAAUUACAAGAAGCUUUACGGAAAAAGGAGGAGGAAAUGAAGCAAAUGGAAGAGCGAUACAAGAAGUAUUUGGAAAAGGCCAAAAGUGUUAUCCGCACCUUAGAUCCUAAGCAGAACCAGGGUGCAGCUCCUGAGAUUCAGGCUCUGAAAAAUCAGUUGCAGGAGCGGGACAGGAUGUUUCAUUCGUUGGAGAAAGAAUAUGAAAAAACGAAAAGUCAAAGAGAAAUGGAGGAGAAAUUUAUUGUUAGUGCCUGGUACAAUAUGGGGAUGACUCUGCAUAAAAAAGCAGCAGAAGAUAGACUGGCUAGUACAGGCUCAGGACAGUCCUUCCUGGCUAGACAAAGGCAAGCCACGAGCACGAGGAGAUCUUACCCUGGUCAUGUCCAGCCAGCAACAGCAAGGUAGAGAAGCCUUGCCCUUAGAAAGAAAACUGCCCUGUGAUCCAGGCCACUUCUGUUGCAAGUGACAACAUUCAAGGAAAAUCAACCAGCAUCCUUUCUCUUUCUCCCUUGUUAUUGCUAUUAUUUUACAGUUCGGGAGAGGGUUUUAUAAUGGUUUCUCAUUGUUCU